CUAUUCUGGUCGGACAGCAAUUAUAGACGGACAAAGAUCGUGUAUGGUGUUGCUGUAAACUCAGUCCGGGCAGUGAUCUGGGUGAAAGGUUUUUGCGGCUUGACAGAAAACUGCAGCAGCUACACAGGAAAAGGAGGAAUCAUGUCGCAGACCAUCAGUCCAGGAAAAAACUUUGUAGCAGGGGGGUUUGGUGGUGUCUGUUUGGUCUUUGCUGGACACCCUCUCGACACAAUAAAAGUUCGUAUACAGACACAACCCAAGCCUGUACCAGGACAGAUACCCCAGUAUGCUGGCACCUUUGAUUGUUUCAAAAAGACUCUUGCCAAAGAGGGGAUGAAAGGCUUGUACAAGGGCAUGGCAGCUCCAAUCAUCGGAGUGACCCCGAUGUUCGCCGUCUGCUUCUUUGGUUUCGGUCUGGGCAAGAAGCUUCAGCAGAAAACUCCAGACGAGAUCCUGAAAUAUCACCAGCUGUUUGCUGCUGGGAUGCUGUCCGGUGUGUUCACCACCGCCAUCAUGGCUCCAGGAGAGCGCAUCAAGUGUCUGCUGCAGAUCCAGGCAGCUAGUGGAGAGGUGAAGUACGCCGGGCCCAUGGACUGUGUGAAGCAGCUGUACAGAGAGAGCGGCAUUAAGGGGAUAUACAAAGGCACUGCUCUGACCCUGAUGAGAGAUGUGCCAGCCAGUGGGAUGUACUUCAUGACCUAUGAAUGGCUAAAGCGUAUUCUCACACCAGCGGGAAAAAGGUGAAUGAGUGUUCAGAUUCCAGUUGGUUUGACGGAGUUACUGCAAGCAUAUACUGUGGAAGUUCUGCGACGCAGGCCUCCGGAUCUGGUCGAAUUUGCUAUACAGCAUUUCACUCAUCUACGAGAUAGCCGUAAUGUCAAGCCAGUGAAAGAGUGUCCCGUCAAAUCAAUCAGAAAAGGGGUGUCUUUUGAAAACAACUCAUUAGAGGAAUCAAAUGAGGAAGACGACGAAGAGUCGGACGUUUUGUUCUCCCUGCCUGUAUUGCCCUCAUCCCAGAAAUAUAACCGCAGAGUAUCAGUGUGUGCAGAGGCCUAUAACCCAGACGACGACGAGGACGAUGAAUUGGAGGCUCGCGUGGUUCACCCCAAGACAGACGAGCAGCGUUGCAGUCUCCAGGACGCAUGCCGAGACAUACUAUUGUUUAAAACCCUAGAUCAGGAACAAUUCUCAGAGGUACUAGACGGCAUGUUCGAGGUACGCGUCAAAUCCCAGGAGCACAUCAUAGACCAGGGGAGCGACGGAGACAACUUCUACGUCAUUGAGAGGGGUGUGUAUGAUAUCGUAGUCCAAAAGGAUGGCGUUGGGCUGCGCGUGGGGACGUAUGAUAACAAGGGCAGUUUCGGGGAGUUGGCACUCAUGUAUAACACCCCACGAGCUGCAACUAUCAUCGCCACUCAGGAGGGGGCGCUGUGGGGUCUGGAUCGGGCCACAUUUCACCGACUGAUUGUGAAAAACAAUGCCAAGAAGAGGAGGAUGUACGAUGCCUUCAUCGAAUGUGUUCCCCUUCUGAAGUCUCUGGAGCUGUCUGAGAGAAUGAAGAUCGUAGAUGUUCUUGGAGUAAGAGUGUUCAAAGAUGAGGAGCGUCUCAUCAUGCAGGGGGAAAUGGCUGACUGUUUCUACAUUGUGGAGUCAGGCGAAGUGAAGAUCAUGAUGAAAAGCAAAACGAAGGCAGGUCAGCAGGACAACACGGAGGUGGAGAUAGCCCGCUGCCGCAGGGGACAGUACUUUGGGGAGUUGGCUCUGGUGACCAACAAGCCACGAGCAGCAUCAGUCUAUGCUGUCGGAGGAACCAAGUGCCUGGUAAUAGACAUUCAGGCUUUUGAGCGGUUGCUUGGUCCGUGUAAAGAGAUUAUGAAGAGGAACAUCUCCAAUUAUGAAGACCAACUGGUAGCUCUGUUUGGUUCCAGUGUAGACUUGAAACCUUAAAGGCAUCCAAAUCAAUCACAUACAUGCAGAUGACAUUUGCAUACAGUGUAUAUAGUUUGUUGUACACUUUCAUACGUUAUCAAUACCAAUUACUAUAUAUUAUGUUUAUGAUAUAUAAUUUAAAUACUCUAGGAAAACUGUCCUUCAUUUAUAUGGAUAAGAAUGUACUAGAUUAAAAUAAACCUCAAAUGUAUUUAU